UCGCGAGACCCCGGUGUUAAUAAAGUGUGCGGGCAGGGGGGGUGAGGCGGCGCGAGAGUGGCUGGUAACAAGGGGCAGUGGGGGGGUCGUUACGGACUUCGCCAGGGGGUUCAUGAAGAAGACUGGGAGAGAGUGAGAGGGGCGAGGGUCUGGUAGUUGGCGGUCGUGGAGCCAUGCGGCGCUCCGCUGCUCCGAGCGUCAAGAGGGCUCGCUUCAUGCCGCCUCCUGCUGCUGCUCAUCGCCCUGCCGCCGCUGCCCCUGCUGCCCCUCAGCCCAAGUGGCUGGACAUGUGUCCCAAGAUGCCUCAAGGGACUGCAGAUAUAGUUGUGAAGAGCCCAGAACCUCCCAACAUCCAGGCAACCACCACACCCGACCCACCUAAUUUAUCAGACAAAAUAUUGCUCUCCAACCGGCAAGGAGAUGUAGAAGCAGAUCUUAUCAGAAGGCCCGAGGCAGCAAGGACCUUCUUGGUGCCAAGAAAACACAUCUAUAAAUCUCUUACCCCAAAAUCACCUGCUGCAAUGAAAGUGCAGCGUUCCGACGAACAAAAUCACCACACUGCAGAGAACAAUCCAAUUAAAGAUAACGGGGAUUGUUCUGUUACAAAGUACUACAGUGUAAUGUGGGGUAAAGCAUCCAAGAAGAAGCACAAGAAGUGGGAGGGCGAUGCUGUUCUGAUCACAAGUGGCCGAGUGGUGAACCUUAAAGAUAUGGAAGGCAAGGACAUCUGCAAAGGUACAGGCUACAACAAGCGUGAGCUGGAGAGCCUGUCGGAGGGACACACUUUGGUGAUCAGCGGAAAGGAGAUCGAGGUGAUGGGGUUGAUUUCGUGUGAAGAUUACUCAAACGGAAGGUGCUUCCAGGUCUCCGGCGCCAGCUGCGACUCGGCCGCUUCUAGCGCCACUCCUAACAAGGCUGCUAGGCCCUAUGCGAACCCCUUCCGGGCCGUCACAGGAGCACCAGAGAAGUUCCGCGUCACCGAGACAAAAGUCUACAAGCCUCGCUUUGACCCCUUUGCUCCAAAUGCACUUGUGAUGCCCCAGCCAAGCCCUGCCCAUCAGUGGCAGAACAAUGCGGCCGGCCUGCCCAUGGGAGACGUUGUGGUCGACCCCCACCUCGUCGUGCACCUCAGGCCACACCAGCGAGAAGGGGUCGUUUUUCUUUACGAGGCCGUCAUGGGCAUGAGGUCUCCUUCUGUUCAGGGAGCCAUCUUGGCCGAUGAGAUGGGCCUGGGCAAGACCCUGCAGUGCAUUGCGCUCGUGUGGACGCUGUUGCGGCAGGGCCCGUACGGCAAUCGGCCCUCCCUACACAAGGUGCUGAUCGUCACUCCCGGAAGCCUGGUGCGCAACUGGAGCCGUGAAUUUAACAAGUGGCUGGGCGUGGAGAGAAUCCGCGUCUUCACCGUUGACCAGGAACACAAGGUGGAGGAGUUCAUGAAGUCACCCAUCUACCCGGUGCUCAUCAUCAGCUACGAAAUGGUGCUGCGCUGCAUCGAUGCUGUGCGCGUCAUCCCCUUCGGCCUAGUCAUCUGUGACGAGGGUCACCGCCUCAAGAACAGCAGCAUCAAAACGGCGUCGGCCAUCGACAGCCUGCCCUGCAAGCGACGCAUCCUCCUCACGGGUACGCCCAUUCAGAAUGACCUGCAGGAGUUUUAUUCCAUCGUGGAGUUUGUGAACCCUGGGAUACUGGGCUCCGCGGCAGCUUUCCGGAAGGUGUUUGAGGAACCUAUAGUCCAGUCACACCAGCCCUCUGCCUCCCUGGAGGAUAAGCAGCUGGGGGAGACGCGCGCUGCCGAGCUGCAGCGGUUGACGGGCCUCUUUGUGCUACGGCGCACGCAAGAGAUCAACCAGCGCUACCUGCCACCCAAGCGGGAGUUUGUGGUGAUGUGCCGACCCACGCCACUGCAGAUUCAGCUCUACCGCAGGCUUCUGGCGUCUCCGGCCGUGCGGAGCUGUCUGAACCGCGUGACCACCGACCGUAGCCCUCACCUUGUGUGCAUCAGCGCUCUCAAGAAGCUCUGCAACGAUCCUUGCCUCCUCUACAAGACGCUGCAGAAAGCAGAAGCUCUUCGUAAGGGGCAGAAAAAACAAGACUCCGAGGAAGAGGCGGAUGUGUCUCUAUACGACGGACUUUACGAGGAGUUCUCUUUGAUCUACAAUCCAGAGAGCACCAGCAAACUAGAGUCGGGGAAGCUGCGCGUGCUUGCUCGACUGUUGGAGGCAAUGCAUCAAAAAACACCCGUUGAGCGGGUGGUACUGGUAAGCAACUCCACCCAGAUGCUCGACGUCCUGGCGCGCUGCUGUUCAAGCUGGGGCUACAGCUGGGUGCGACUGGACGGCACAACGCCCGUGUCCCAACGACAGCAUCUUCUGGAGAACUUCAACAGCCGCUUCUCCACGCACUCCGUAUUCCUGUUGAGCUCCAAGGCCGGAGGUGUGGGCCUCAACCUCGUUGGAGCUUCCCGCCUCGUCCUCUAUGACAUCGACUGGAACCCUGCCAAUGACAUGCAGGCCAUGGCCAGGGUAUGGCGUGAUGGACAGCACAAGACCGUGCAUAUUUACAGGUUUCUGACCACAGGAACUAUCGAGGAGAAGAUUUACCAGCGCCAGGUGAGCAAGCAGGGCCUGUCCGGCAGCGUGGUGGAUGCGGCGUCGUCGGCGCGCUCGGAGCACAUCCGCUUCUCCCUGGAGGAACUGCGCAACCUGUUCACGCUGCACGAGGGGACUUGCUGCUUCACGCAUGACCUGCUGGGCUGCCCUUGUCAAGGAGAUGGCGGAAUCUUGUCUGGAGCAAAUAAAAAGAGCCUGGUGGAGCGUACAUGUCAGCUGGGCCGGGAGACAAACACUUCUUCGUCGGCUCAGCGCAGCACCAAGGCUUUAUCCAUGGCCGAGCUGAUGGAGUGGCAUCAUUUCUCUUCUACUGGACUGAGUUCACUGCCCGACCCAGACCUGUGCCAGGCGGCAGAUGACAUUACGUUUGUCAUGCACAAUGAAACCAAGCCUAGCUCGGAAACCACAGCGCUCACUGACAGUGUACCAUGAAUGGUCCACCAACCCCUCUUUACUUGCCUAUUUAAUGUUACAGUGGUUGGGAACUUAAUUGUUGAAUUGGAUGUGUGUGUGUAUAUAUAUGAUAAAUAUACAAAGCCUCUCGCAUUUGAAUAGCUUAUAUCCUUGGUAUACACCGUGUCCGUAAAAGGUAUUGUCCAUUAUUUGAGAAUUGUAAUCAGACAAGUUUGUUUGUGGUCGAAUGUUGGAGUUAUGCAAAAGGUAAAGUUUACCUCUAAAAAUGUUACAUUUUAGCGAUCUUUAACAGCUUACAACAGGAAGCUUUUGAAACGACCGCAGCCAACAUUUUGGAGAACACGUGGGACUCUGAAAUCCCAAUACGUUGUGCGUUGUCAAUGCCAUGGCUGACGUGGGGAGGUUGAGGCCUGAAACUCGAUCGAAUUAAAGCUUCUUUACCACUAGGUGUGUAGUUUUAUUGACCGAGCUUAAACUGCUGUGUAAUUAUGAUUUAACAAUGGACGAUACCACUAUUAUUAUAUUCUUGGUUCUGUCGGUAAAGUCAUGUAGAAGGGAAAUAAUAAAACAAUACAAUUCCCUUCUACGUGACUUUACCGAAAGAACCAAGAAUAUGAAUCCAUGCAGUCACGAAAGCUUUAAAUCGAAAGAUACCGUUAUUGACACCCUUUAUAUUUUUAACACGGUUCAUGAAACAAAAUAAAUCGGACAUUGUAAACUUGGUCAAUGCAGACACGUCUUGCGUUGCUAUCAUCCACUACAGUCACAACAUGCUCAGGAUUCAAUUGUAGGUAAAGGCUCUUGAGGUAUAUUCCAUCUCCUGCCAUUUAGAUCGCUCUGUGUAACAGAUUAAGAUGUCUUAAAUGGUCAAUCCAUUUUUAAACAAUAUUUGUGUUGCUUUUCAAAAUGUUUUUAUCAUGUUCUUGUGAGUGUGUGUUAACUCAAUAAAACAGUGCGACAUGUUUUUAAAUAUAAUUUAAGGGUGGAUAGAUAGACAUUUGAAGGUUUUAAAUAUCAGCAUGGUAUUUAUUUUCAAUGCCAAUUCUUAAGUGUUUUUGUUUGAUUUGUGGUUUUGGAUUUUUUAUGCUUCAUUGUUUGGCAAGGACAUGCAUUUUGCCUUCAUUUUUGUACACGUUACUUACAUUUACAAAUUUAAAGCAAUGAAUUCUCCAGGACACUUUCUAUUUAAAAAGCAUCUAAAUGUAGCCACAUCUUAGAGAUGCUCUUCAGACAUAGCGGGCAUAUUUAUUCGUGGGGGGGGGGGGGGAUGUAGCGAACUGAUGUUGUUUGGCUAAGGCAAAAAAGUUCGUGAUUCUGGACAAUAACGGGUCGGGUGUCAACAGCACGGACAUUUGGAGGGAAUGGCGUUCCAGAUGUUGGAGGCAGUCGGGGAGAACGAGAGACUUCCCGCUGAGUGACUGACAUGGGAGCCAUUGCUUUAACAAUAGCAGCGGUGGCAGCUUGGAGUAUAGUCCAGUUAAAGGUGUGUCGAAUAACAAUGCUCUGUUUUUACUUGAGGUACUUUUCGCAAACAAAUGGUUGGGGUUGAGUGCGGCCAUUCAUGAAAUUAAAAGGUAACUGGGGAGUUAUUUGGAUGCGUAAAUGGAGUUAAUAUUUUGGGACCGAUUCAUGUCCUGGCAAAAAAAAAAGUUGCUGCCAAAAUGUGGAGGGAAAAUGGAUGCCUCGCCACCAAUUUCUGCCGAUUUGGAUGAAAAAUUGCAACGUUUUGGCUAAUAAGUCAUUCUCAAAGGAAAAGUGUGAGCAUUUGUAUGUGCAAUGUAUCGCUUGAAUGUGUUUUUUUAAAGUAAUUUUGUUCUGUUUUGAAAUAAAAGUAAACCUUACAUCGUAAA